UGUCAUUCAUUCAUUCAUUUACUGUUUGUUGUGGUUUUGGGUUGUGUCUGCUAGAUAUUGUGAAAAUUAUUCGCUCGCUCGGUGAUACAUUUAUCUACGAUUGCACAGAGAGUUAGUUAAACACAUUUUGUAUUAUUAUUUUUUUCUAUUUAGAGUUUAAUUUUAAUCGAAAGUCUUGCAACGAUUUGAAAUUCUAGCUGGAAUCGACCGUUCGUUGCGCAUCGCGCGUCGCAUGCUCCCUCACCUAGGUUCCGAGCCUGGAGGCUGUAUUUUGAAAUCAUCGCACUUGCUUUGUGUUUUGACUAAAGCUAUGUGUUCUUGUUUAUGAGGUGUUAAGUGGUCUGAAAUUUAAUUGAUAAUCAGAAGUUAAGUGUCAAGUGCUUCUAAACUCGUCAUAAUGCCUGCAAGUGCUGUGUAUCAACCAACAACAGUGACAUACGAACAGCAACCCAGUGACCAGAGAUGGAACUGCCCCAUGAGUUACUUCUCACGCCGAGUCACAAGCAGCCUGAACCGAGCCAUUUGGAUACGAAUUGGUUUGUGCCUCAUGGGAAGCACACUCUUCAUUAUUGGUCUCGCGAUGCUGAUAGCAGGAGGUGUCCAGUACUCGAACGCGCCUCCACCGGACACCCCUGACACCACGGAGAACGGUGUUGGGACCCUCAUUGCUGGAGGUGUCAUCCUCUGCAUUGGCCUGCUGUUUGCUGGCGUCGGCGGCUGGGCUUGGUCGUCACGAUGGGGAGGCGGCAAGGAAGCCCCGGCCAGUGGCGCCGCAGCCCUCACGGCCCUGAACCCCUCCACCGACCCCCUGGUAGCGGCCCAAUACGCCCCCGUCAGAGAUGCCCCGCCAGCUCCAGACGAUGAAAUGCGCAACCUCAUGGACAAUAAAGAAUGUUUGAGCAGCGCUGAAGAGAGUGAUAAAAUGUUGGACGGCCGGCCUUCGGUUGCGUAAGCACAACACCAAACCAUUUCUUUUGCGACUUUGGAUUAUUCCUAAUAUCCCCCUAAAUGAAUUGAUUGAGGCACGUUAGACAGGUAGUGUGGUACAUAGUGUACUGAGGUAUGAUUUACUACUGAAUUUAUUUUUCAGAUAAUUUCAAAAGAGUAAGGUUAAUGUAUCUUUGCUACAGUUCUUGCGUGCCUGUUUCGUGUCCAUAAAGAUGUUGCAUUUGUGGUACAAACUGUAGACAUUGCAAGACAGGAGUCUUGCGCCUAUAAAUGUAGACGGCGUAAAUAAUUGCCUGUAUAAUUUAUGUUAGUAUGUAACAUUGAGCUUUUAUUUUUUCUCUUAUUGCUAAAAUAAUGACAGACACGUCUAUUUUAAAAUAAAGGUAUAAACUGAUAACACGUUGAUAAGUGUGGAGGCACAAAUUUCUUUUUCAUACGGAUUUAUCAAUUGCUUGAUAUAAUUAAGGUAUUUUAAAAGUGUUCAGAUAUAUGAAAUCAUAUUUACUGUUAUAAUUUAUAUACUUCUUAACACACCGUGUAGUCUUCUGACUUUUGUUGCAAUAUUUAACUUAGCUUGGUAUUUGUCCUAAUUAUUAGAAGUAAUUAGUAAAGACAAGUGGCCAAAUUAUCGUCCAGAGUUAGAUUAUAUUAAAAAUGUGGAUAAUUUAUCUACUUACUAGCUCGAUAUAUGAUAUCUCGAGUUAAAUUUGGUUCUCAAACCACAUCUCACGUACGCCGAUAAUUAACAACGGUUUAUUUUAAAUAAGUAUGAUAUAAAAAUUAAGCUAUAUUUUAGGAUAGUGACGGAUAUUUUUUUAUCAGAAAAUCUUGUAACAAUAAUGAACUUAUAUCCAUUCUUAACCGCCAAUUUAAAUAAAAUUAAUCAAUAGGCAUUCCUUUUAGUACAGAAGCAAUAAAAAAAGAAUAAUUUUGUGUAAUCAAUUGUAAUAAUCUAAUUCUCGGUUUGUAGCAUAGCAAAUAUUCUUAACUUCGACGCUCUCUUUGAAGAUCUGACGAAAAAAUCAUAAAAAAGUAGUGUAAAAAAAAAUAGAUUAUUUUAUCAUAUUAUUUUUUUUAAACCGUCCUUUAGUUUUAAGUUAAUGUAAUAAUCUAAAUGAUAUAAUAAGCUUGUUUUGAGUGUAAUGGUUGCAUUCCCGACUUAAUUGAAUAUUUUACUUCCCUUUAUUGAAAUUUGUUCCUGUGAAAAUGUGUAAUCGCAUUUAUCAUACAUUAAUAAUUUUAUCUUGAAUUUAUUGUAAUUAUUGCUCUCUUUUCUCGUCAAUAUUGUAGAUGAAAGUGUUUUUUCCAAAUUAUUUAUGUUAUUUUUAAAGUAUAGUUAUAAUUUAUAAGUUUUGCCUUAGAAAUGUUAAAUUUUCUCAGUUUCUGAAUCUUUACUCAGAUUACAUAAUAUAUUAUUAUUUAAGGUUUUUUUUUUAAACUAUAUUGAUACAUGGUGC